AUGGACCAGUGUGACCAGUAUGGACUGAUAUGGACCAUAUGGAUCAGCGUGACCAGUAUGGACCAGUGUGACCAGUAUGGACCAGUGUGGAUCAGCGGACCGGUAUGGACUGGUAUGGACCACUGCAAGCGGACCCCAGCCCGGUGCCGGUGCCCGCCCCCCCCCCCCCGCCGCCCCCCGCGGCUCCGGUACCGGCGCCACCCGAAGCCUCCGUACUCGUACCUGGCGCUCAUCGCGCUCGUGAUCCGCGCAGCGCCCGCCCGGCGGCUCAAGCUCGCGCAGAUUAUCCAGGAGAUCCGGAGCCUGUUCCCGUUCUUCGGGGGGGGGUACCAGGGAUGGAAGGAUUCAGUGCGGCACAACCUCUCCUCCAACCCCUGCUUUGCCAAGGUUCUCAAGGACCCUCUUCGCCCUCAGGCCAAAGGCAACUUCUGGACCGUGGACGUGUCCCGGAUCCCGUCGGGGGCUCUGCGGCUGCAGAACACGCCGUGGCGCGGGGGGGGGGCUGGGCACCUCCCACGUGACCUCACCCCCUUCAUCCUCCGGGGCUGCCCCCUCCCCCCCCCCGCC